AUGAGCACGACAACGACGGUGGAUAUCCCGGCCUCGGUGCUCGAGGAGACGAAACGGUUCCGGCUGUCCAAGUCGUCUUCGGCGGGUCUGGCGGCAUUGGUGUACAAGAUUGAGAAGAAAUCGCUCUGCCUCGUCGUCGAAGACCGCAUCGAGGGCGCCCUCGAGGAUGUACUUGAAGAGCUGCCAGAGAAUAGCCCCAGGUUCCUCGUCGUUUCUUAUCAACUCCAACACCGCGAUGGUCGCGUCAGCUACCCACUCUUCAUCCUCUACUGGGCACCGACAACGUCUUCAAACGACCAGUCGAUGCUCUACGCAUCGGCCCUCUCCAACUUUUCCGUACAGGUCGACAUCGCCAAAGUCAUCGACGUGCGCGAUGGCGAACUCUCCAAGCAGGCCCUCGAAGAGAGACUCGGCGCUUAA